CGGCCCGGCCCGGCCCCCCCCGGAGCCGCCCGCGGGGUCGGGCCCGGCCCCGCCAUGGCCGAGGAUUUCUGGGAGGCCCCGCGCCGCUGAGCCGGGCUCGGCCAUGGACCGGAUGAAGAAGAUCAAGCGGCAGCUGUCGAUGACGCUGCGGGGGGGCCGCGCCCCCGAGAAGGGUCUGGGGGACCCCCGCGACGGCCACGGCAGCGACAGCGAGGCAGGGGGGGAGGAGGGGCGAAUGGGAUCGGACGGGGAGAGUGACCCCCCCUCGGGGACAUCCUCGGAGGAGGUGGCAUCGCCCGUGCGCCUGCGCCAGCACCCGCGGCCCAGUGCCUGCGAG